GAGCUGGAGGAACUGCGUCGGGAGCAAGCUGGUUAUGAGCAGCAGAUCCAAGCUGUGGAGGAGGCCAUGAAAGCCAUUCAGGAGCAGAUAGACACCAUGUCUUCUACAGUGUCUCAGAAUAAGGAUGCAGUGCGUAAAGCCCAGGAAGAACUGGCCAAGCAGAAGGAAGUGAUUAUGGCUCAGGACAAAGAGCUUAAGGUGAAAAGCUCAGAAGCAAAUAAAAUCAGAGAGCAGAAUAACGAGGUGCAACUCAAAAUCAAGGAAAUGGAUCACAAUAUCAAUAAACACCACAAAGAAAGCCAGGAUGCCGCUGAUAAGGUGUCCCGCAUGCUGGAGGAACAUGACUGGAUACAGUCAGAGCGCCACUUAUUUGGUCAGCCAAACUCGUCCUAUGACUUUAAGACCAACAACCCUCGUGAGGCUGGUCAGCGUCUCAAGAAGCUGGAGGAGACCACCACAAAACUGGAAAGAAAUGUUAAUAAGAGAGCCAUGAACAUGCUCAAUGAGGCAGAGGAGAGGUACAAUGAACUGAUGAAAAAGAAAAGGAUAGUGGAAAACGAUAAAGCCAAGAUCUUACAGACUAUUGAGGAGUUGGACCAGAAGAAAAAUGAAGCCCUUAAUUUGGCAUGGCAGAAGGUCAACAAAGACUUUGGCUCUAUUUUCUCCUCUCUGCUGCCAGGAGCUACAGCUAAACUAGCCCCCCCACAGGGAUGUGGAGUCCUUGAGGGUCUGGAGUUUAAAGUUGCUUUGGGCAACACAUGGAAAGAAAACCUGACUGAACUCAGUGGUGGACAAAGAUCGCUGGUGGCCCUGUCUCUUAUUCUGGCCAUGUUGUUGUUCAAACCUGCUCCCAUCUACAUCUUGGAUGAGGUUGAUGCAGCUCUGGAUCUUUCACACACGCAAAACAUCGGACAAAUGCUGAGGACUCAUUUCAGGCACUCCCAGUUCAUUGUCGUUUCCCUAAAGGAUGGCAUGUUCACCAAUGCCAAUGUGUUGUUUAAAACCAAGUUUGUUGAUGGUAUGUCUACGGUGAGCCGAUCUGCACUCAGCCAAAGCGACGCAAACCUUCCUCAAAAAGGUCAAGACAAGUCUCGCCAAAAGGACAAGCAGAGAACCAAGUCCAGAGAUGUCAUUUAAAUCUGGUGUAAAUGUGUAUCUUUUCUUUUUUCCCAAACUACCAACUGAUCAAUAUCUAUUUUCUGAAGCACUUCAUAUAUUUACUGUUUAUAUGUUUGUCUGAUUAAGCAUUUUAUAACCUGUACAUUUUUUAAACUCAUCAGUAAAAAAUGAAUGUAAAAACA